AUGGCAAAAAUCAUCCUGAGGCACCUCAUAGAGACACCAGUGCGUUACCAGGAGGAGUUUGAAGCUCGAGGCUUGGCUGACUGCAGGCUGGACCAUGCUCUGUAUGCUCUGCCAGGGCCUACCAUUGUGGAUCUGGGGAAAGCCAGGGCAGCCCAGGCCCCUCAAGUGGCCUCAGUGACUGAGGAGUCACAGCAAGAAGGUAAAGUCCGCUUUCAGAUCCUGCUGGAUGUGGUCCAGUUCCUCCCCGAAGAUAUUAUCAUUCAGACCUUUGAAGGCUGGCUACUGAUUAAAGCUCAACAUGGAACCCGAAUGGACGAGCAUGGCUUUAUUUCAAGAAGCUUUACUCGCCAGUAUAAGUUGCCAGAUGGUAUUGAAACCAAAGAUUUGUCUGCAAUUCUCUGCCAUGAUGGCAUUUUGGUGGUGGAAGUGAAGGAUCCAGUUGGAACUGAGUGA